AUGGGUAACUUUAUUGGGCAUGUGUAUCCUGGGCUAUUCCUUUUCUUGUAUGGACUGCAUCAGGCCAUCGUGGUCUCUAGAGCUGUGAUAUUCAAUGAGUCUCUCCUGUAUCCUUCAUCCCCUCCCCAGAAUAAGGGGAAAUGGGCUCUGCUGUGGAAAAUAUCCUAUGGAGGACUGAUGAAGACAGUGACUGGCUCCAUCUUGAUCAUUUAUGAGAUCCAAUGCAUUAAAGGGGGGUUGAUACUGAUGAACAGGGAACUACCCCCAAGGUUUAUGCAUCCCAAAGAGUGGCAGCACCUCACCAUGUUCAUCCUCCUGACUCUCAGCGGCUGCGUCGACAUCGUGAGCAAGAACUUGCUAAGCCAGAGGUGCGUGUUCCUGGAGCUCGCUGUCGGAAUCCUGACCUUCUACGUGCUCUUGCUGCUGCUGGUGUCACACACUCAGGGCACGACAGGGGUGGAGCUGCACGUUCACUCUCUGCUCAUCUUGGUGGUGUCCCUGAUGAUGCUGGUGUUGACGGCACAGCUGUGGGCUCCUGACAGGUUUCACUUCUGGCUGAUCGAGACCUUUCUGUUUCUGAUGAUGGGCUCCUGGUUGAUGCAGGCUGGCUUUAUUCUGUUCAAGCCAAUAUCAAGCUACCCAUGGCAGGACGAUGACAUCAGUGACAUCAUGUUUGUCACCACCUUCUUCUGCUGGCAUGUGAUGGUUAAUGCCUUGUGCUUUUUAGUGAUUUAUGGCUUUUCCUCCUUUUGGUAUCAUUGGUACCGUCCAAGCUCAAAGCUGAUGAAGUUCAAAGAAAGCCCCUAUCAGGCCAGCCCGCCAGGACCACUCUACAAGUUGCUUCAAGAAGUAGAGCCAUCAGAGAAAGAUGACCAAGCUGCUCUAAGCUCACCCUGA